AUGGAUUCAGAAUACUUGAAGAGAUGUUUAGGAAACUGUCUUGCAGAGGGACUGGCAGAAGUAGCAGAGAAAAGACCAGUGGACCCUAUUUAUUAUCUGGCACACUGGAUCUACAAAUAUAGAAGCAACGUAGAUGAAUAUGAAAAGAGGAAACUGGAACGGGAGGAGCUGGAGAAAGAAAAAGAAGAAGCACGUAAGGAACUUGAGAUGAUUGAAAGACUGAAGGAAGAAGAAAUUUUGAUUCAACAGAGGAUUGAAGAACAGAAGAAAAUAGCUUCUGAGGAGCAUCCACAAAAAACCAUAGCAGAACUUACUGAGAAAAUUUGGUGC